CGAUUAGCCUCCCUCCUUUUUGCGAUAAUUUGUUCAUUUCAUCAAAAUUGCGUUCUCUUUUGAUAAAUUCUUCAACCUUGUCUUUUUUAACAAGGGAAAAUGUGUACGCUAGAAAAGCGAGGAAACGUCUAUAUUCUAACUCUCACCGGCCCGGGCGAGCACCGGCUCAGCCCAGCAAUGAUCGAUUCGAUUCAGACCACAGUGCGUCGAGUUAAAGUGGACCCCGCUGCCUCGUCGGCAGUUCUCAUCACAACAGCCCAAGGCAAGUUCUUUUCCAACGGUUACGAUCUCGCGUGGGCCAAAUCGAUCCAAUCAAAUUUCCAACUCAUGUCGUCGAAGCUCCGUUCUCUCAUCUCGGAUUUGAUUUCGCUUCCGAUGCCGACGAUAGCCGCCAUCACGGGACACGCGUCAGCUGCAGGAUUGAUUUUCGCUUUGAGUCAUGACUACAUCUUGAUGAGAAAAGAUAGAGGGUUUUUGUAUAUGAGUGAACUGGAUAUCGGUCUAAAGAUUCCAGCUUGGUUUAUGGCAGUUAUUAAGAAUAAGGUCGGUGAGCCGAUGGCUCGGCGCGAUAUGGUGUUGAGAGCAGCUAAGUUGACAGCUAAGGAGGCCGUAGAGAAGAAGAUUAUUGAUGCGGCGUACGACAGUGCGGAGGAGACGAUAAGGGCUGCAGUUGACUUGGGAGAGGAGUUAGUCAGAAGGAAGUGGGAUGGACACGUAUACGCCCAGAAUCGGGUGGUCAUUUUAAAAGAAGUUUUGGAAAAUGGCGACAGAUGAGACUGUAGAUGAUAUCAGCAACACCAGAUCCAAACCCUAGUGCGUGAAUUUCGCACUUUUCAUAAAUUAUUAUCAAAAUUUCGUGAUAAUAAUUUUAAUUGUUUAUUGGGAAUUUCAAAGUUUUAGACUAUAAA